CAGAAGGGAGAGAAGACAGACGAUGGAUCGAGAAACCAUGGAUCUGAAGAUAGCGGAGGGCCAGCGGUUCCUGGAGAACUACUACAGGACGUUCGACGCGAACCGGGCGGAUAUGGCGAACCUGUACCGGGAAGAGUCGGUGAUGAUCUUCGACGGCCGGAAGUUGCAGGGCAAGGAGGCUAUCCUCGCCGAACUCACCUCCCUUCAGCAGUGCCGGCACCAAAUCCUCACCAUCGGCUGCCAGCCCACCUUCCUCGGCAGCAGCGACUUGGUCGGCAUGGUCUCCGGCAACAUCUGGCUAGACGGCAAGCAGUACGCCCGCCUUUUCAACGAGGCGUUCAUGUUGCUCCCAACACCAGAAGGAAGCUUUUAUGUAUCGCGCGGCACUUUUGUAUAUCCCGGAUCCCAAGUGUACAGUUUCACCAUGGCUUGAUCGGGAAUGUCCAGGACGAACCGUUUCCUCUUGGAGGCCGGGGGCAGUUUCAGUCUGUGUGUUUUUUUCAAUGUUCUACUGCAGUGCCGUUUGAAACAGAUUUCUAUAUAUGUUUGCAGCCGUGUUUUCCUUAACUAUGUCUGAGGGCUUGCAGUUUUACUUGGACCCAUUAUUGUUGAUCUUGUGCGUGUUUUUCUUAACUAUGUCUGAGGGCUUGCAGUUUUACUU